AUGAAAGAAGAGGAUGAUGUGUUGCCUACCGUCAAGGAAUCUACUGCGACUGUCGAUUCUACUACAGCUGAUGAAACUGUAACCCUGAGAGGGAAAAUUGAGGGGCUUUUCGGUGAGAGAGACGAAGGAGAGGAUAUGGUGGUGGAUGUUGUGGGAGCCGAUGUGGUUGUUGAUGAUCGUGGGGGUACAAGGGUUGAUUUGGAAGGUAAGGUGGGUAUUAAUGGCUUGAUGGAAGAGGGCUCUACGAGAGAAAUUCAGUCUAGUGAUAUGGAUGUAGACCAAGUUGGUGUAGUUGAAGAAGUUAGAGUUGUGACUUUAGAGAAAGUUGAGGUGGUGGUGAAUGAUGAGGGCGUGAAGACAAGUGUAGAGGUCAGUAAAGAGGUUAUUCAGGAGAAUGUGGUGACUACUGUUGUGAGUGCGAUGGAUUGUGAUGCUCAGAAGUCAAGUGAAGAGCCUGAAACUGGUGGAGGAGAAAGUGCAGUGAGGGAUAACAAUAGAAAUUCUACCAAGGAGAUUGUGGAACAGCAUACAGAAUCUGCUCAAGAACUGGCCGAUGGAGACCAUGUGAUGGAUGAGACAACUGGAAAAGAAUCUGAUGUUUCAAAUUCCUUAAAUUUUCCAGAGUCAUUCACUACAACAGUGAAUCCUGGUUCACGAGAUGCUCAUGUGGCAGCUGUAAAGGAGGGGUUAUUUGGCAAAGAUGAAGGUGAAGAUGGUGUUGAUAAUCAAGUUUCAUCAACAGAGGCUCUCAAUGAAGGAAUCACUGCAGAUAAUGUCCAUGUAAGCCCUGAAAAUUUGGAGCAGCAAUCUGGAGAUGACGAAACGAGGAAAGAGAUUUUGCAGCCAACAGUCGAAGUUGCAACAAAUGAUGUUCAAGAUUCUGGAAAUGGAACUCAGGCAGGAGAUUCUAAUGCAGCUCUUCAGUCAUUGGGUGGAGAGGUUCAACUUGCUGGGGGGGAGGGUGAAGCAGAAAGAGGUUUAGCAGAGGAGACAGUGGAACAGGGUAUGGAAUCUGUUCAAGAAGUGGCUGAUGGGUUGGUUGUAGAGGAGGGUUUAGCUGGAAAAGGUGAAGCUCAAGAUGGUGUUUCUAAGGAUCCAAGCUCAGAAUCCACUGAUAAUCCUAAUGUAGAGGAGGGUUUAACAGAGAAACAGGCUACAGAGUCUGUUCAAGAAGUUGCUGAUGUAGAUUCCACAAAGAUUCUGGAGUCAGUUUCCAAAGUUGAUAAGGUGAUUGUAGAAGAGGUUUUAGCUGGAAAAGAUAAAACUCAAGAUGUUAUUUUGAGUGGUGGAGUCAAUGCAGGAACAGGUGAAGGUAGUGUCCAGGAAAAUGCUCAGAAAUCUGAAGUUCAAAUGAGCAAAGAAGAGACUUCACAUUCAACAACAGGAGUUAGAAUAGAUAAUGAUCAAAAGUCUGGAAUUGAUACAACAGAUAAAAAGGAGGAAUCGGAAAGAGGUUUGGUCAAGGAGAUUGUGGAACAACCAAUGAGUUCCAUUCAAGAAAUGGUUAAUAAAGAUCAUGUGAUGGAUGAAAAGCCUGAAAAAGAGGUUGAAGUUCUAGACUUAUCAAAGGUUCAAGAGUCCUCCACCAUGGUGGUUGACCAGAAAACUGAAGUUGACCCAACACCUAAAGAUGAGAGUUUACACACAACGAUAGAAGUUAUGACAGCUGAUGCAUCUCAUAAAAGUUUAAAUGUAGCCAAUGAAGUGACAACUGCUCAAAAUUUACCAAAUCAUGAAGUGCAAGUUUCCAGUGUAGGUGGGAUUUUGGUAGAAAACCAGAUCUUGAAUGUUGAUACUGAAAUGAAGGUUUCUCAAACUUCUGUGGAAACUUUUGAGGAAGUCAACCAUGCAACAAGUCAUGCAGAUUAUGGAGAGGAUGCAGGGAUGGACAUUGAUGAAGUACUGGGAUGGAAAGAUGAAAUCCCAGGAAUUGAUUCUUUACAUGGUCAAGAAAAAGAUCAAGAUUUCAAGAUUAAUACAAACCCAGAAGCUAAUUUUGAACAUGGACUUUCAAAACCUUUAGUCUAUGAACGCCGUGUGCAGGUAAAUGAUGAUGUUGAAGAACAUACAGAUUUCUGCAGACAACAAGAAACAGAAACACUAGAAGUAGAACAGUCAACAUUGACCGAUGAUGUCAGCGAGCCACUCGACAAUGAAACUUCUGUUUCUUUCCAUCAAUCAUGUUAUUUCCACCCACCAGAAAACGAAGGUGAGUUCUCUGCUUCUGAUUUAGUCUGGGGUAAAGUCAGAAGUCAUCCAUGGUGGCCUGGUCAAAUCUUUGACUCAUCUGAUGCAUCCGAUAAAGCCAUGAAAUAUCAUAAAAAAGAUCGAUUUUUAGUCGGGUAUUUUGGAGAUCGAACAUUCGCAUGGAACGAUUCAACAGUCUUGAAACCAUUUCGUGCAAAAUUUUCCCAAAUUGAAAAACAUACAAAUUCAGAGGCUUUCAACAAUGCCCUCCAUUGUGCUUUGGAAGAAGUCUCCAGAAGGGUAGAAUUGGGACUUGCAUGUUCAUGCACACCUCACGACAUCUACAAGAAAAUCGAAUGUCAGAUUGUCGAGAACGCAGGAAUCAAGAAAGAAUCAAGUAAAAGACACGGUAUGGACAAAACUGCCCUUGUGACCUCAUUUGAGCCUGAUAAACUUAUCGACUAUGUAAGACUACUCGCAAAGUCUCCAUAUGAUGAAAAUGACAAAAUGGACCUUGUAAUGGCAAAAGCUCAGUUGUUAUCGUGUGCACGUUACAAAGGGUAUCGCCAGCUGUCCGAGUUUCAGUUUUGUGGAACUUUAUUGGAAGAUUCUUCGGGGUUGACUCAAGGGGUUGACCAAGUCAUCAAGAAAGAGAGAAUCUUCUCAGAUUUAAAAGUAGAUCCAACAUACUACCCUGGAAACAGUGAAGAAGGUUCUAGAAAACGAAAGGCUUCUGAUUCCAAUUCCAAUUCCAAUUCCGAUGUUUCGGUUCCAGAGAAACGACCAACUCUGGAAACAGUAACUCCAAGCCCUAAACCCUCUUUCAAAGUUGGUGAACUCAUUCAAAGAGUGGCAAACCAACUGAGUGACAAAAACGUUGAACCUGUUGACCAAACAGUUGGACUUUCUCAUUCUGUUCAAAGUCCGGUCAACAUGGUCAACCCGGUCAACCCCCAAGCAAAUCUACCCGAAAUGUUAUCACAACUUCAGUUAACUGCUCAAGAUCCAAUGAAAGGGGUUAAUGAGACUAGAAAGAGAAAGCCAUCGAACGAAAACGAUCCGGAAGAUUUCGAGUUUGAUGAUGUUAAUGAUUCGUAUUGGACGGACAGGAUCAUCCAGAACCAUCCGGAAGAUUUGCAGCUGCAACCUGCGGUGGUGGUGCAUGAUAACAACCAAAACGGAGGUGUGGAGCAUCCACACCAGAUUGUGGCCUAUGAAGAGAAACAAAAACCUGUGAAACAAAGUCGUAGGUCGAAUAAAAAACGGUUUUUUAGCAGCAAUCAUGAGAUUGAAGCAAAGGAGCAAUCAGAGCUUAUUGAGAGAAGAAGGUUAAAUUUGGCAACUGAGGUUUUAAUGAAGUUUACAGAGGGGAUUUACUUUCCUUCUGAGAUACAUUUGAAUAAAAUGUUUAGAAGAUUUGGGCCUUUAAUGGAAUCAGAAACUGAAGUUGAUAGACAAAGUGGGCGUGCUAGAGUUGUUUUUAAAAAAUGUUCUGAUGCUGAAGUUGCUCAUAGCAGUGCUGGAAAAUUCAACAUCUUUGGUUCCAUUGUUCCACGGAUGCAUGCUAGUAAUGGUGAGAUCAUUGGAAGUUCAUCAAAGUGGUUGGGUGUAACGGUAAUGAUGUGCAAGAUAUGGAUGUAAGUUAUUUAGAGAAGUAAAGUAGGAAUGUUAAAUGUAUGAUUUUCUUGUUGCCUUGAAUAAGAUAAGGUAUUAGGUGAAGAAACUAAACUUUAUUCUAGAUUAGUUUUUAGUUUUUAGCAUGAGUUGUUAUUUAUAAGUCUGCUAAAAAUCCCAUUUAAUUACUGUUGUGUUGUGAUGGAUUGUAUCUUGUGGAAAACAUGUGGCUUUUCUUUGGUCCAGGGAAUAUAGGGUGGGUU